CAACCAACUUUCUCUCCUGCCACUCUCUGCAUCCACCUGUCCUCCUGCAUCCGAGCAUCCGCUUCCUCCACCCGCCACCUCUCGCCGCAUAUCGAGCAAAAGAUCAAACAAUCCGCCCACAAGCCUUCCCCAACCUCAGAUCAAGCCCAGUACACAACAGCCACGAUGGCCGACUCCGACACCGAACUUGAUCCCUCCCUCCAAUCCAUCGUCGAUCAGAAGUCAUUAAGAUGGAUCUUCUGCGGAGGAAAAGGGGGCGUUGGGAAAACCACCACUUCCUGCUCCCUUGCGAUACAAAUGGCCAAAGCACGCGGAUCUGUCCUCCUCAUCUCCACCGACCCGGCACACAACCUUUCCGAUGCGUUUGGCCAGAAGUUCGGAAAAGAUGCACAAGAAGUCAAAGGCGUGCCCGGCCUGGCCGCGAUGGAGAUUGACCCGAACGGCAGCAUCAACGAUUUGAUUGCCGCGGGAGGAGAUGAGGCGCAAGAUGCCAUGGGUGGCUUGGGAGGUGUUGGCAAUAUGUUUCAGGACAUGGCAUUUUCAAUCCCAGGAGUGGAUGAGGCGAUGAGCUUCGCGGAAGUGCUGAAGCAGGUGAAGGGCAUGGAGUACGAGCUGAUCAUCUUCGACACCGCACCGACCGGCCACACCCUGCGCUUCCUGCAGUUUCCUACCGUGAUGGAAAAGGCGCUGGAGAAGUUGAGCCAGCUAUCACAGCAAUUCGGCGGCAUGAUCGGCAACCUCGUCAACGCCCGCGGUGGGCUUCCCAACGGCCAGUCUUUUGAGGACGUGCUGGCACGGAUGGAGGACUUGCGAGGCACGAUUGGGGAGGUCAACAAGCAGUUCAAGAACCCCGAUUUGUGCACUUUCAUCCCCGUCAUGAUACCAGAGUUCCUCUCGCUCUACGAAACGGAACGCAUGAUCCAGGAGCUCGGCACGUAUCAGAUCGACACCCACGCCCUAGUGGUCAAUCAAUUAUUGUACCCAAAAAUGGAUAACCCUUGCGAGCAAUGCAACUCGAGACGGAAGAUGCAGAAGAAAUAUCUCGAGCAGAUCGAUGAUCUUUAUGGCGAAGAUUUCCACGUCGUCAAAAUGCCGUUGCUUACUUCGGAAAUAAGAGGCGUGGAAAGCCUCUCGAAGUUCAGUGAAAUGCUCGUCCAUCCGUACGUGCCACCGCAGUGAUGAUUGGCACCAGGAGAAGGUCGACAGAGGAGGUUCCGUGAGGCAAGCGUGGCGUUGGGGCGAGGAGGAUGGAAUAGAGUAUAUGAGACGAGCAGUACUUGACGAAUGCAUUCGAUGUGCUCUGCUGGCCCUGCUGGCCCAUGUACAUGAAUUUGUUCUCCCAAUAUUAGUCCUUAGUCUCGUUGUUGUUGUUGG